AAAACAUCCUCCAGCGCGGAACACCGGCGGAACACCGGCGGCUUGGCCGUCGUACUCGAUGGCGGAAUGGCCAAGCCAUCCAAAGACGAGGAGGAGAUCGCCGUGCCCGCGCCGGUCUUCAGCGUUACUGCCAAGGACGACAAGGACAAGAUUGCCUUGCCCGAUGCCCACGACCCGGUGACGGGUCAUGGACGAUGGCUUUAUGAGGGCCGACUGGGCGAGGGUGGCUUGGCCACCGUCUUCCGCGCCUGGGAUUGCAAGGGCGGCUUGGGCUUCGUGGCGGUCAAGGUCCUGAAGAAGCACUCCAAGGCGCAUGCGAGACAUGCCUUUGCGAUGCAUCGGGAAAGCCAAUGGUCCUUGGAGCGGCUCCACAAUCGAGCUGAUCCAAGGUACUCUGAAGAGCAUGCCAAGCUCUUCGCAAGGUACCUGGAGGAUCACACAGGCUUCGUGGAGCUGGGCCCGGAGGACUUCGAGGAACGGCGCAAGGACUUCGAGUCGCCCAGCUUCGAUUGGUACAAGCAGCGUAUUGAUUUGCCCAUUGCCAGCAAGCCGUACGUGGUCAUGGAGCUGGUGAAAGGCGAGACUUUGCAAGUGGCGAUGCCCAGCAUGUCAGCGACCGAGAAGCGCCAGGUCAUUCUGCAGUGUGCCACCGCCCUGGAGUACUUGGAGCGUUUCCACAUGAUCCACCGAGACUUCCGCGGCUGCAACAUGCACCUCAUCGCCCGGGAAAAGCCGAACGAGUCUUGCCAACUGAAGAUUUUGGAUUUGGGCGUCAUGAUCUCUUCAGAGGCUGGCAUGGAGGUGAAUUGCAACAUGGCCGUCCAGGCCUUCCGGCGGCGUGGCGAGACCGAAGAGAAGCGGAAACGCUACGAUUGGCUGCCAUGGGAGGUGCGCUCGGCCUGCGACGAGCUGCAGGGCGCGGUGAAGAACUUCGAGCCGCCAGGACAUUCCUUCGACGCCUUUAGCUUGGGAGUCUUGAUUCUUCAUCUCUUGCUGGGCAAGACCAAGGCCAGAUCUGUUUUGGACAGCCUCCAAGAUCAUCCAGAAAGGACGCCGGAUGGCUGUGGCAUCGGUGUACCAAAAGAAUUGCUGGGUAAUUUGCUCGCAGAGGCGGCGAAGCGGCCACGGCCACGGGAGGUGUGCGCUCAGCUGGUGCCGUUGAGGCUGAAAUCGCCUCAGAAAGAGGCGGCGGUCAGCGCGGAGAAGGCAGAAGCCACUCCUGCAGUUCCGAGCUGUCACACUGUGAGCCAUACGACCACGAAGAUGGAAGGCAGCAGUGAUGAGGAGGGUGAGAUGGAGGUUGUGGAGAUGGAUACCAAGAAGGGCACAGAGACAAUAGGCCAAAAGAAAGACAAUGAUACAGCUGCAAAGGAGGCAGCGGCCAAAGAAGCAGCUGCAAAGAUAGCAGCUGCCAAAGAGGCAGCUGCCAAAGUGGCAGCUGCAAAGAAAGCAGCUGCCAAAGAGGCCGCUGCAAGGGAAGCAGCCGCCAAAGAGGCAGCUGCAAAGGAAGCAGCCGCCAAAGAGGCCGCUGCGAAGGAAGCAGCCGCCAAAGAGGCCGCUGCAAAGGAAGCAGCCGCCAAAGAGGCCGCUGCGAAGGAAGCAGCCGCCAAAGAGGCAGCUGCAAAGGAAGCAGCCGCCAAAGAGGCAACCGCCAAAGAGGCAGCAGCCAAAGAGGCAGCUGCAAAGGAAGCAGCCGCCAAGGAGGCAGCUGCCAAAGAAGCAGCUGCCAAAGAGGCAGCCAAAGAAGCGGCAACAAUACCCAAGCACGACGUGGGUAGAAGAAGCAAAAGCCGCAGCCGAAGCAGGAACCGGAAGGAAUCCAGCUUGGAAAGGAAGCAGCGACCGAGUCGGGAACGAGCACGGCACUUGCUCCCCGAAGACCCUGCACGGUCACAAGCCCCAGAGGAGAAGGCGGCCAAACGGCCCCUCGCGGAGGAAACGGCGCCGGAUGCAGAUGCUGCGGGUGCACCGGCCAAGGAGGCCAGAAGAGAUGUGCGCGACGUGACGCAUGUCUCCGUGCUGGACCUUCUGCGUCGGCAGCAGGCUGUUGAAAAGGAACAAGAGGAGGUCGCCGAGGCUCGGAGGAAAGAGCAGAGGCUGCAAGCCCAGAAGCAAGAGGAAAGACGAGCCGAGGAGGAGCGACAAAAGCAGGCCCAGCAGGCACUCCAAAUGCAGGCUCAGUACCAGCAGAUGCAGAUGCAGAUGCAAUGGGCUCAACACGCCGAAUUGCUUCAGCGGCACCUCUUGGGCGCCUUUCCCGGUGCUUUUCCCGGCUUUCCCGGCGCUUGCGGCUUUGGGACGCCCAUGACAGCCUUGCAGGCAGCUCCAUCGGUGCCAGCAGGACCAGUGCCCGGCGUGGUCUCGAAGGCAUCGGCUCCACCGCCGAAGCCGGCCGACGCCGCGUCGCCGGCUGGCCCGGCGCAGGGUGGACUCGAUCGUGCGAAGAAAGGCGAGGGGCCUCAAUCAUGCCACAUUGUGACAAGCCUUGUAAUUAGGAGGGAUGUUCAUUGACUUUCCAUCUUAUCCCGGCGGUGUAAGUGGCGGUGCAUUUAUCUCUCAGGGUCUGAGAAUUUGGAGACACAGUUCCUUUGAUUCAAGACCUGAGAGUACACAUGCCCCGAAGCCCAAGAAUGUCCUCUCCACUGUUCGCUUUGUCAGAAGGUUGACCCGUCCACUGUCAAGCGAGAAGGAAGAACAUCAAGCAACACCAGAUCCGUAUCGCAUCUCAGGCUUGUCUCCCCACAAAGACAGCGACGCGUGUUGCAGUUUUCGGUUUGUGCAUGGAAAUCCAUCUUUGCACCAGGCACAAGACCGAUACCGCGAGCCCUAAAACACCUUUGACAAUGGCCCACACAUGUACUAUAGCUGUGUUAGUCUGGCAUGUGCUGUGCCAUGGCGUUUUGUGUGCCACAGCACAAGUAAGUGCACAUAGUGCACAUGAACGUACUUGGACAAAUGUUGCAGCGAGUCAAAGCACUGUAAAACGAUAUGUGGAAGAAACAGCGAUAGGACUCGAGAAGGCUCGAAAUGGCAAAGGGAAAGGUAGGUGUUUUAAACAACCUCAUGCAGCUUGACGCACAGAUCGGAUCCGAUUCAUGAGAAUCAUCGGUGGACCGUGCAGUAUAUCGUACAGUCAGCAUCAAAGGCGUAUGCACCAGUCGCCUGCGAUGCUCAAAGCCCCAAGAUCAUGGAUCAAGUCGAUGCUUGUCAAGUCAUGUCAAGUCACAAACGAAUUCUCAAAUCCGAUACUCAAAGUUCAUCAAGAAAACACAUCUGCUUACCUCCAAAUGCCAGAUGAACGUGACGUUCUUUUCUGCCAGAUGAGUCGACCCAACUAGUGACCUGGGGUUCUCGGGUCGACGUGGCACUGCCAGGUACACUGAACGGUCAGUCCAAUGCCCAGACGGGUGCAGGGCGACAGGUGCUACUUGGGACGAACUCUUGAGAUGAACUGUGAAACAGAUCUGCUAUGAAAGGCAUGUAGUUAAACGGAGGAACAUGUUUCUUUUUUCACAAGUUCUUCCACUCUUUUUGGAUGUUGGCCCGAAUCAUUCGACAUUCCCUGGAGAUGAGACGGCAGUGACAAAGGAAAAUACGUUGCCUUGAAACGUGAUUUGGAUCCCUGAUGCUCCCUAACCAACAUCACAAGGUCUUGUAACAUGUUGCUUCCUCCCUUCGAUCAGCGAGGAUCUUCGAGAAUGGAAUCAAUCUGCCAGCUGAGUUGAGGCACUUCUUCCAACCUUUUUGUGUCCAACAAAAGACCUACCAAACUGCAGCAUCAUGAAUGAACCUGCUUCUGCCUCUUGAUGCCUCGUUGAUGCCUGCAUCGAUCGACGGUUGAUGAAGACGAUAGACACGUCCGCGCUCGGAGCUCUGAAGCUCUCGUGUCCCGUCCUUUUCCUCCACCUUGCCGGAGCCUGAAAAAGAGAAAGGUCCUGUUUGUUUGCCACUCUAGGGAACCAAGGGGAAAAGACCCUUACAUACCCUAUACCUUCGUUUAAUUACCAGGUCCUGAAAUACCCUUAGCUUACAUACCCUUCCAUACCCUUAGCUUCGUUUAAAAUCAAGGGUAUGACCGUGUUACAUACCCUUACAUACCCUUACACACCCUUACCAUUAUUGUGUUUGUUUGUUUUGUUUCAACGAGGCGACGCAAACAUCCCAAAUCAACCCACAACGGUCCACCGCUCGUUCUCCCGCGCGCCACUGGCCGUUCUCCCGUCGUGCGGUCCGAACGGAACCCCACGAGGUCCUGGGAUCCACGGGAACUCAUGGCGGCGGCGGCGGCGCAACUGGUUGAAGCACAACAAACAACUGACCUUCGAAAUAUAGGAUCAAGAACCAAUACCUGACAUAUCCA